GAAACGUGCAUAAAGGGGCAUCGUUCCUCCGCAUGCAAACAUACCGAUCGCCCCCUCUUCGAAAUAAAGAAAAAAGGUCGACCAGUAACCCAAUGCGAACAUUGUAGAGAACUUCGCAAAACAAAACAAGUCCACGUCAAAUGCAUCUGU